AUGAACUUCCACGACAUCCACACGCUGCAGCAGGCGCUGGACGUCGCCCCGCCGCCUCGUCUUCGCAUGGCACAAGACCGUGCGUAUCACGCUGAGCGGCAGAACCACCUCCUCGUCGCCCAUGAGGACGAGCGGAUCAUGGCGGAGUGGCGCCAGCAACACCCGGAGGACGUCACCUACGAGCAAGCCUACUGGGCAAGGCGCCGCGCUGAGCGGUUGGACAGGAGUUGGCGGAAGGCCCUGGCGCUAUCCCAGUGCGAAGUCGUUGAGAAUGGUGGUGAGACGAUCUUUGCGUCUGAUGAUGAUCGUUGGGAAGACAUGUGGCUCGAUACCUCGGAUCAGACUAGCGAGGAUGGCGACGAUGACGAUAACGACGACGACUGGGAGUAG